GGGAACCAACCAACCAGCGUCGUCCUCCCAGGCUCCACACGCAGCCCGCCUCGCCGCCCCUCGCUCCUUUUCCCCCGCCAUGAGAUUACGAGUGAAAUGUGAGACCUGAAGCCGCUCCCACUGGCCCAUGUGACCCUCCUGCCCCCCGCCGUGGCCUUCGUCAGGAGCUCGAACCCUCGCCGCGCCGGGAAUGAGAUAAUAUUGUCCCCCUUCUGCCGCUCCUCCCAAGAUGGCCGAUCACGGUCAUGUUUAUAUUCAGGAUUUAAGAUACUGACUGACUGGUUAAGAGAAAAACAGAAACAUUAGUGUGGAUAAGUUUUUUUUUGUGGUGGCAACAGUUUCGUCUUGAAAAAAAAGUAACAAGUGUUGAAACAAAGAGAAAAAGAGAUAGAGAGAAAAAAAAAUAUCGUGGUUCCUUAACUUGAAUUUGUUGAAAAAGAAACGUUAUUAUUAUUAUUAUUAUUUUUUUGGGUGAUUACUAACACGGUGGUGAUAUAAGUGGUGUUACAAUAAUUGGUGGUGAAGGUCGAGUGGUGAUCCUGAAGACUACCCAAUCGAGGUGGUGAUUCAUACAACUCCACUGGUGAUGACUGAGUGAUGAAAAUAUAAAUGGUGGUGAGCAGGUCGUGAAGUGGUGGUGACUGCCGGAGAUUUUUCAGUGGUGGUGUUGUGUGUUUUUCAGCGAUACUAACUCGAGUGGUGAUGAAAAUGGUGUUGCCUCAGAAAUGGUGAUGAUGAGGUGGAAGGUCAUCACCGGAGUGGAGUUUUAGUGGUGAUGUGAUGAGUUGUGUGAUGACAUAGAAAAAGAAAAAGGAAAAGGAGGACAUAGAGAGGUCAUCACCACCAUCACCACUACCAUCAUCACCACCACCAUGCUCUUCAUCUAUAAUAAUUCAAACGUGAGUAGCCGUGGCGUGGAGUGAUUAGCUGCAGGGCCGCCUCACUCCACUUCCUCUCUCCCUUACUCACUCCUGUAGUCACUCGUUAACUCACUCCCUUCGCUCGUUCGCUGUGUCAUGGGGCUGCCGAUCAUCCAGGAGCUGACGCACAAGUAUGGGCUGCCGCCGGAGCUGGGGGACGCCACCCUGGGCCAGCGGCUGGAGGACUUGCGGGAACACAUCAGGAAGGAGAUACGCAAGGAACUCAAGAUUAAGGAAGGGGCGGAGAACCUCAGACGGGUGACCACUGACCGGCGGGCGCUGCAGGACGUGAGCCACAUGGUGAAGGAGGCGAACAGCAAGUUGUCCGCGCUGCAACAUGAGCUGCAGGAACUCGACUCGCAGAUCCUCCUCACGCAGGGCCAGGCCGGCGCGCCCCUCGACCACCACGCCUUCACUACCAACAUACUGGAUCCUCCACUCUCCCCCAUGGCGACGGACACCCAAGACAAGUCCCUGGAACCCAUCUCCAUCUCGUGCGACCAGCGGCUCCUCUCACUGGAACGGCAGCUAGAGAUUGAACAGAAGGUGAAGGCGGGCGCUGAGAACAUGAUCCAGAUGUACAGCACUGGGCCAAUGCGGGACAAGAAGCUACUGGCCGAGGCACAACAGAUGCUGGCGGACUCCAAGGCCAAGAUCGAGUACAUCAAGAUGAGGCGCAUGAAGGCCAAGCAGCACCAGACCGAGAAUGGACUGGACGCUGAAGGUGAAUCAGCCAACAAGUACAACCUUGAGACGCCGGUGGACGUGCGGAUCGAGGAGUUGAUCCACCGCCUCCACGUGGAGUGCCGCUGCAUGGAGGGCGCCAAGAACGCCGUGCGCAUGCUGCAGGCGAACAAGAUGGCGGCGGACAAGAAGUACCUGCAGGAGGCUCAGCAGCGGCUGGACGAGAGCAGUCAUAAGCUGGACCUGAUCCGCCUGUCCCUGGAGCGGCUGCGGGGGGACCUGCCGCCCGGCUCCCUCACCGCGGGGCAGGUGAAACGUGAGCUGGAGAACUCCCUGUCCGCGUCGCCGUCCCCCGCCAACUACACCAGCCUGUACGACAAGGAGAACUACCCUUCCCGUCGCUCCCAGGCGCUGCACAGCAAGGGCGCCGCCGUCACGGGCAAGCUGGAAGUCAGACUCAUCGGCGUACAGGACCUGCUGGAGGAUGUGCCGGGGCGGUCGCGGCGGGACUCUCACUCGGGGCCGUCGGACCUCAAGGCGUUCAUGAAGGGCGUCACUGGGAAGUCCUCCAAGUCCUAUUCGGUCAAGGACGAAAUUUCUAAUGAUGUGAUGGCAGUUCUUAAGUUAGACAACAACAAGGUAGUCGGCCAGACCAGCUGGAAGCCUUGUUCACAGUCUGCGUGGGACCAGAGAUUCAGCAUUGACUUAGAGAAGUCUCGGGACCUUGAGAUUGAUAUUUACUGGCGGGACUGGCGGUCGCUUUGUGCCGUCAAGUUCCUGCGCCUGGAGGAGUUCAUCGACGACGUGAGGCAUGGCAUGGCGCUGCAGCUAGAGCCGAAGGGACUGCUCUUUGCGGAGAUCAAGUUCCUCAACCCAAUGAUCUCCCGCAAGCCCAAGCUACAGCGGCAGAAGAAGCUGUUCAUGCAGAAGGGGAAAGUGCUGCGGCCCACCCAGAUGAACAUCAACGUGGCGGCCUGGGGGCGGCUCAUCAAGAACAUCCAGCCCCCCGCCGGCCAUGACUCCCUCCACCACCACCACCACCCCUCCCUCACACACUCCUCCUCCACCACCACCUCGCUCCCUCUGGCUCCAUCAUCUGCAGCCUCCGGUACAUCGUCGCUCCCACCCAACACCGGGACGCCUAUUACGCCUGGGCCGAGAGCAGUACCCACCCGCCUUGACUUUGACUCCGAGAAAACGCCCGGGGAGGAGAGGCUGUGUCGGCCCCUUGCCAUGCCGGAGGUGCGCGCCCUCCACCUCCCCUCCCCCACCGCACCCCAGUCCCCCACCUCCGCACCCCCACCACCCUCCAUCACCCACAGCCUCCCCAGCGCACCCCUCCUCCACUCCCCCAGCUACCCCCCGCCCUCUGCACUCUUCCCGCAAGGCCCCACGCCCAUCGUCACCACCCCCACCACCCCCUCCGCCUCUAGUGUGUACCCCCCCGUCCCCCACCACCUCCAGGACCCCCCCACCAUCCACCCUGCACACCCCAUCACUGUACAGGUAGCGAAGCGGCCCACCAGCACCCCGCCACCCCCGCCCCCCCGCCCCCACUCCGGCACCGUCACCAUCACUGUUCCCGCCUCACCUGUGGAGCCUGACGUCAAGGUGAGUGAGCGAGUCAAGGCUUGUCACAGAAAACGUAAGUGUGCCGUGACGCCAUCAGGAGUGACGUCACGGCGGCCACACGUCACUCCUGGUGGCUGAACACGUGGUCCUGUUUGUCUAGGUUACGUCA